AUGGCUUACCUUUCACCUUCUCUUCCGAAUUUUUCCUCCUGCAAUGAGAAUUCAUUUCUUGAUUCGAUUGUAGUUUCGAUCAACGACUACAUUCUCGGCUUAAUAUCAGAAACGGAAGCAUGGAUUCUGCUUAAGCAGAAAUGCAUCACUAUGUUGCGCAUUGAAGAAGAGAUUACUCUGUUUGAAUUCUCCUCUGAACAAUCUGCUCUCUCAAAUCUCUACUGGGGAAUCGAGAGCAUCGAAGCUUCUAUACAACCCGGAUGCUCGGAAGAGAAGAUAUCUCGUCUGAGAAACUCAGAGAGGAUGCUUCAAAUGCCUGCGUUGCUUGACGAACAAGGGACCACCACUUCAGGUGUUCCAAACAUAAUCUUGGUUGCUUUCUCUUACUUUUACCUCUCCAUUGUGAGCUAUCUCCAAGGUGAUUCCUUGCAGACCACACUGCAUUUUCUCCAGUCGGUUUUGGUCUCCCCAGAGAUUGUAAGAAACAACAUUGCCCCUCAACUCUGCAAGAGCAUUUUCUUCACUCCUGGUGUGUGCAGGUCAGAUGAAGAGCUCAGAGAGAUUGCAAAGAUGUAUAAAUACAGAGCAACUUAUUACCAGGUUAUGUCGUACGGAGAGAUUCAUCAGCCGCCGACUGAAUUUACAGAGAAACCGCUUCGGAGGAGGCUCAAGAAAUAUGGGCAGGAGAUAUCUGCGUCUAAUGCACAUUCAGUUACACAGAAGCUAGAGUUGUCGGAAACCUGUGAGAAGUUAUUGCAGUACCAGAACCUCCAGAGUGUUGAUUUGCAAGAGGAAGAGCUUAAUGAAAUCUUUAACAAAAUCAAAGAAUCAAGGAAAAUUGGAAAAUCUGCGAACAGCUUUGAAGAUUCUCCAUGUUUGGAUUGGAACCUGCAGGAAGAUUACAAUUCAGAGCUUGGAAAAAGUACAAGAGUCAAGUGCCUCAAUGAAUUCUUGAACGAGUCUCAGCCAGAUACUUCAAGCUCCAUAUGCCAUAAUACUAGAGAAGACAUUGGCACGGACUCAUUAGCCAAGUUCUUCUGUGUUCCUCAACAACAAGCUCACAAGGAAUCAACCAAAUCAUAUAAUGAAGACACAUUAGCUAACAGAUCCCACAGUUUCACCGGUAAUUUUAACCGUUCCAUCUUUGACAUUCAGGCUCAGCAAUCAAAUGAAACUUGGAAUACCAACAUAGAAGAUGCCCCUUCUUUGAGGCAACUAGAGCUGGAAGAAAUUUCAGCCUUUGGACAUAAAGGGUCCAUCACUUUUGAAGGAAUGAGGAGAAAUUUGCAUACCAAAACGCGAGGAAGUGGAGUUCAUCAGAGGCAUUCAAGAAGAGCUCAGAGAAUGAGUUUAUGGGAGAACCUUCAGAACUUUAUAACGGAAGUGCUAGGGAAUGAGGAUGAGAAGUAUGUCUCAGAGGUUACAAUGAUCUAUCAAAUGCUAAACAGAAAACAAGGAGUCAAAUAUAGCAUUCUCAAAGAUGUCAUUCUAGAUCAGCUGCUUACGGCUAUUUCUAGCUCCGAGGAGAAAACUGUGAUAAAAGCAUCGAUGACCGCACUUACCAAGAUCAUAUCAGUCAAUAGAACAGCUCUUGAGGAGGUCAAGAGGAAGGGUUUAAAUUUAAGCCAUUUAGCAAAUGCCCUGAAAAAAAAUGUGCAAGAAGCAGCUAUUCUCAUCUACCUGAUAAAGCCAUCUCCAACAGAAAUAAAGAGUCUUGAGCUUUUGCCAGCUCUUGUGGAUGUUGUUGCAUCCACUUCUUCUUCUACUUCUUACACAUUGAAACCUUCACCUCCUAUUUUGACGCCGCCUGCAGCAUCAUUGAUGAUAAUUGAAGUGCUUAUUACUUCUUUUGAUCAUGCUACAAACACAACGCACUUGGCUGCAAUUAGCUCUCCUUCUGUCCUCUGUGGACUUCUUGAUGUUGCAAAAAGUGGAAACUCAGGGGAAUUCAUCUCCUUGGCCAGUAUUCUAGUAAAAUGCAUGCAAUUCGAUGGACUUAACAGGAAGUACAUAUAUCAGCAUACUCGAGUGGCUCCUUUUGCGCAUCUCCUGCAGAGCAAAGACAGAGAAGAAACUUUCAUUGCUCUUCAAUUUCUUCAUGAGAUCCUGAAAAUACCAAGGUCGUCAGCGAUUAAAAUUCUGCAGCAGAUAAAGAAAGAAGGAAGUUUUGACAUUAAGGAUACAUUAAUACAGUGUAUUAAACAGUUUCAGGGCGAUCACAAGCUCUUUGCAGCAGAUAUAUUGCUUCAGCUGACUGCGCUGGAUUCUACUCCUGAGAGCAAAAAGUUCAGAAAUGAGGCCACCAGAGCUCUCAUUGAUGCAGUUACAUAUAGUAAAGGUUCAAAUAUGCAGCUUUUAUCAACAUUCAUUCUUUCGAAUAUCGGUGGAACUUAUUCAUGGAAAGGAGAACCAUACACUGCUGCUUGGCUAAUGAAAAGAGGAGGUCUAACUUCUAUGUCACACAUGAAUAUGAUAAGAGACAUCAACUGGUCAGAUGAAUGUUUACAGGAUACAGGAAUAGAUGGAUGGUGUUGUAAGAUAGCAAGAAGAAUUAUUGAGACAGGAAAAGCCACGUUUUGCGGUUUACAAGAAGGUCUGAAGAGUAAAAACAAGAAUAUUGCAAAGGAAUGUCUUAUAGCCAUUGCGUGGCUCAGUAUAGAGAUUUCAAAAGGUCCAAAUAGUUUAAAAUAUUCAGCAUGUGAAGUCCUACUUGAUGACAUAGCACAAUUUCUACACCCUGGUUUGGAGCUUGAAGUGAGGCUCCUUGCUUGUAUAUGCAUCUACAAUUUUAGCUCUGGCAAAGGAAUCCACAAGCUAAUCAAUUUCUCGGAAGGAAUUAGGGAGUCUUUAAGACGUCUUUCAAAUGUGACUUGGAUGGCAGACGAAUUGCAUAAAGCAACAUAUUAUCUAUUCAGCAAAUCAGACCAGCGCAUAUCUUGUGUUCAUACACAAACCAUAGAGAUGCAUCAAUCUGGGAGUGGAGCUGUAACAGCUCUCAUCUACCAUAAAGGCUUGCUCUUCAGUGGAUACUCAGAUGGUUCAAUCAAGGUGUGGAAUGUGAAUGAGAAAUUAGCCACGAUUAUAUGGAACAUCAAGGAGCACAAAAGCACCGUCACAUGCUUUUCAAUCUCUGAAACAGGAGAGAGUGUCUUCAGUGGAUCUGCAGAUAAAACUAUUAGGAUGUGGCAGAUAGUCAAAGGAAAACUGGAAUGUACUGAAGUCAUAAAAACAAAAGAAUCAAUAAGGAAACUGGAAGCAAUCGGAAAUAUGAUCUUUGUCAUAACCAAGGGGCACAAGAUGAAGGUAGAUAUCUUUCAUAACGCCACAAUAGGGCAGAGACUAUUACAUAAAACAAUAUCAUAUGUAAUAAUCUCCCACUCAGAGGCAGCUAAUAUCUUCUAUCUACAGGUGCUUGAUUCAUCAAGAAUAUCUCAAAGUAUCUUCAAAGGUAAAGGUGUGAAGAGUAUGGUAGCAGCACAAGGAAAGGUUUAUAUAGGAUGCAUAGACUCAAGCAUACAGGAAUUAAUCGUCACGAAUAAACGGGAGAAAGAGAUCAGAGCACCAGCGAGGAGCUGGAGAAUUCAAAACAAGCCCAUCAAUUCAGUGGUUGUGUACAAAGAGAUGUUAUAUAGCACAAGCACCCAUGUUGAAAUGUCUAAUAUAAAGGAUUUGAGAAGGAGUUAUGAUCCCCAAAUGUCAAUAACAGCGGAAAAGGGGUCCCAUAUUGUAGCGAUGGGUGUCGUUGAAGACUUCAUCUACCUGAAUCGAAGUUCAUCUGCAAACACUCUUCAGGUUUGGUUGAGAAGGACACAACAGAAAGUGGGAAGGUUAUCAGCAGGAAGCAAGAUAACAAGUCUCCUUACUGCUAAUGAUAUUGUUUUUUGUGGUACAGAAGCCGGAGUCAUUAAGGGAUGGAUUCCGUUAUAGCUACAAGGGACAAGGAUAUGAGGUAAACAUGACAUUUUUAACAAUCGUCAGACUCAUUUUUCAAAUCAACAUGAAGAAGUAAAUACACAGCUUAAACUAGAGUGAAGUGAAUCUGCUUAUGUAAUACUUGUACAUGUGUUACAGAGCGCCAAUACAUUUAAGAUAUUGUUGAGUCGUCCAUUUCACCUGUGUGUAGAUAUACUAAGUAUUUAUGAGUACCUUGCUA